AUGAUGGUCUUCAAAAAGGGUCACACCGGAUCAAAUAAGCAAUGGAAAUUUGCAAUGAAUGAAGUUUUUAAGGAUAAACCUCCCCAGGUACCCGGCACUAGUAACCGUAAGAAGUAUGUGGAACCGGAAAUUGAUGAAGAUGAUGAAGAGUACGAGGAAGAUCUCGUUGGAUCAGGGGAUGAUAGUGAAGAUACACCAUAUGAAGAGGAGGGUGAGGAGUUAGAGGACGAAGAAGAAGACGACGACGAAGAGUAUGUAGAUAAGGAUGAGGAUGAGGGGGAAAAUGAUGUUGGUGUAAAGUGUAAGUUGAAAAAUCAGGGCAGGAAAACGGGUAAUGCUAAAGGAAGGCGUCCUGUUGUUGUAGAGGAGGAUGAUGAGUUUUAUGAUGAUCUUGAAGUUGAUGCUCGUGCUAAGUUGAAGAUGAAAGAGCGCAGUAGGAAGUAUGCUAAGAGCAGGCGUUUAGCUAAUGAUGUAGAGGAUGAAGGAAAUGAUGAUGAAGAGGAUGACGAGGAAGAUGGAGAAGCUGAUGUCCGUAGAGUGGGGAAGAAACAUCCGAAGCAUGUAGGCCAAAAUGUUAGGCGGUAUCCAGAAGAUGAACAACAUGGGUUGAGGAAGAAACAUUUGAAGGUGAUUAGGAAGAGGCGUCGUGGGGAUACUGAUGACGAGGAAGAACAGGGGAAGCUUGUGAAGAAGAAGUUGUUGCUGAAGAAAAAGGUUGGUAAGAUUGUUGAUAAAGAGCGUAGAAAAGGAAAGUCUCCUCUUAAAGAUAAGGGAAUGACUAAGAGAGGCAAGAAUAAGAGAGUGUUUCUGCGGGUAUGA